AUGCCAAUAAAUCCAUUGUUAUCCAUUCAUUAUGAUGGUAAAAUAGUAUAUGAUGAAGAAUGUUCUAUCGUUUUUAAGUCUGGUCAACCAAUAAUUACGUAUAUAACACUAAAAGUCAACAUUCUAACAGUGUUGAAAAAUUUGAUAUUGCAUUCUGUUGGGCAGCAACACACGAAAAGAGUGAAAAAAAUUUACUACAGAUAUCCGCCCAAAGUAAAUGACAAUUUGUUUUAUAAAAGGUAUCGGUUACGUGACGACGAGGACGUAUGUCUUAUAAGGUCGUGGCACAAUCGAUGGACAAAUGUUCAUUUGUUGGAAUUAUUUGUGUUUCUUAUUGAGUUGGGUGGACGAGGAUCAUCUGUGGAUACUGUUGAUGAUAGUCCGUUAAGUGGAGCUGUUAGACAAAAUAUUAGAAGGACGAUGGUCGAUCUAAAUAUGCCACCUGAAGGUAGUCAAGAGGGCUCAAACGUUGAACUUGGUAAUGCUGACAUGAUGGAAGAUAAUGUUGAAAGUCAUGAGGGUUCUGCUAUAAGGGAUCCGAUGAUGGAUCUGUAUAAAGUUAACCCCGAUGAUGAAGACGAUGCUGAUGAUGAAUCAACGGAAAUUUUUGAUGAUGGUGACAAGGAAGAAGAGAUGAACUACUACGGUGACACACAAAUCGCUCUGACACAGCCUGCCAUUUCUCAACCAUAUGACCGGUCGGAUCACUUCUCUAGGUUGAAUCUCAAUGCAAUGACUUCAGAUUGGUCGUUUAUCUAUGGAGCCCCCGAAGAGGAUCCAAGCAAUGAGUUCGAGGUUGGACAACAAUUUGAGAAUAAAGAAGAAGUCAUGUUGGCAUUUAAGAGGUAUAACAUCAGGAGGGUUGUGGAGUAUAAAGUACUAGAGAGUGACCAAUUGAGGUUGGAUUCAAAGGUGAUUGUUCAACACAUAUUCACAAUGGUCAAAGCAGAUCCAACAAUUAGCAUCAAGGUUCUGCAAGAAGGUGUGAAGAAUCACUUCGGUUACAAGGCAUCCUAUAUAAAGAUGUACUUGCUCGGUACUUGGGUGCAACUUGUGACACAACCUUGGCCUGGUUCAGCCGACACUGUCAUGUUUCAUUGA